GCAGGCCACUGUAAACAUCAGGAUAUUUAAGUAGGAAGUCAGAGCCCAUUGUGGUCCACCAAAUGGGUGUCUCUUCAGUGUAACAGAGCUACAGAUGGCUAUCAGUGCAGCUGAGUCGCCUCCUGUUCCUCUCAGCCUGCUCAUUUCCUCUACUGAGUUGAAUGUAAGAACCACCCACUGGCGUGGUUCUCAGCAUUAUAGGUUUUCAGGUCAAACAGAAACCCUAGGGAAUGCCUGAAAAAACCAAGCAAAUAGUUAUGUCUGCCCAGAACGGAUGACAUGGAGCUACUGCUGCUGUGUGUGUAGCAAAGUCCACACUCGAGUGACAUUCUCUGCUGGAGCAUCGGUGGAAGCCAGAAGCACGUGUGCUCUGGUUAAGAGCUUAGUUCAGAAGUUGCUGAAGUUUUUCUAGAGAGUUGUGUGUGAGGCCUAGAUUCAUCUUAGAAGGCUGAGCAGUGGGCCCUGCUGGGUAAUCAUCAUCAUCAUCUUCACCUGGGCCUGCCAUGGAUGAGACACAGGAGUCUCCAGCCUUGACUGUGCAUCUUCUCGCUGACACUGGGAAUGGCUCGCUUCUGCAGCAGGCUCUGGACCAACUCCUGGACUGCAUCUGCCCAGAGGUGCGUCUCUUCCUGGUGUCUGAACGGGCCAGACCAGUGAAUUACCAUGAAAAGUACCACCCCCGGAGGGCCCGCUUCCCAGGGAUGUCUGUUUUGCUCUUUCUUCAGGAAAGCCUGGGACAGGAGCGGCUGUUUCGAGUCUUGGACUUCCUACAGCAUUCACCCUGGCAGGGUUUCCCUACUCAGCAUGCACAGGAUAGGCCUUGUCCCUAUCUCCCUGCCAAUCAGGAAUUCUACAGCCUGCACAACCAGAUGCCAGUGUGGGGCAUGAGGCCGGUGCACUGUGGCACUGAUAUCCUCAGAGUGACUCUGUAUUGCAGUUUUGAUAACUAUGAGGAUGCCAUCAGGCUGUAUGAGAUGAUCCUACAGAGAGACACCACCGUGCAGAAGAGCAACUUCUGUUUCUUUGUUCUCUAUGCCACCGAGGGCUUCAGCCUGCAGCUCUCUCUGAAGCAGCUGCCCCUGGGAAUGCCAGUGGACCCCAAAGAGUCUUCUGUGCUGCAAUUCAAGGUUCAAGAGAUCGGCCAGCUGGUGCCUCUUCUACCCAAUCCGUGUGUUCCCAUCAGCAGCACCAGGUGGCAGACUCAGGACUAUGAUGGCAACAAGAUUCUGCUUCAGGUCCAACCGAAGUCAGGGCUUGGUGUUAGAAAUGGUGAGUGUUCCUUCCUGAAUGGCAGCUUGAGAGCUGACAUGCAUCGACAGGGCUCCAGGCUGAACUCUGUUUCCACACAGAGAACCUUAGAGCCAAGGAGCCGGAGGAGCAGGAGCCGGAGGUUCAAAGUACAUUCUCUGGAGCUUCCACAGCCCAGUGGGACAUCGGAAAACUGGACUGACCCUUUGUGGAGAAGCUCUGGCUGGUCCUCACUGACUGACAGCUCAGCCACAGGUAUGCAGCAGUACCGCCUGUCUAUCCCCAUCGAACCUGAGGUGAGAAGAAAUGCCCAGAAGCUCGAGGCAGAGACAAACGUUGACACUGGCUUCACCAUCAUCAAUUCCAAACCCAGGCAAUCUUUUCUGAGCAGAUUUCCCAGGGAUUUUCAGAGCAGCCAGCCACCAUGCUGCUUGUCAGGAUCUUCCUUUGAGGUGACAGCUUCCCCAAGCCAAAGAGUCUUUCAGGGUAGACUCCAUCCUCUGCCACUUCCAGGUCAAAGGGACUAUGGUGUAAAGGAGAGAAUCUCAACAUGUUCCCAUUAUCGUCCUGUCCAGGGUGAAGAGAAAGAAGAAUUCUUUAUAUAACAUAAAACAAAUGUUUCUCUGUAAGAUACAAGAUCAGAUAGAAUGUUCUAGAAAUGAAGCAUUGUGUUAGUUGCCCUUCUCAUUGAAGAAUCUGACAAAAGCAACAUAAGGGUUUGUUUGACUCAUGUAGGUGGGAAGGUCCAUUCAUGGCUGGGAAGUCAUGGAAGCGAGAGUGUACCUUUAU